AACUAUAUUCCAAGAUGGCAGCCUCCAUGGUAAAUGAAGUGUUGGCUUCAGGGCGUUACCACGAUGUGUUAUCCAUUCUCAAAGGCCUUAGAAAUGGUGCAGUAUAUGGUGUGAAGAUUCGUGCCCCUCAUGCACUGGUGAUGACAUUUUUAUUUGGAUCUGGAAGUUUACGUGACAAGGUACGAGUCAUUCUCAAAGCAACCUACACCCAUUCCAAGAAUCUUGCAUCGUUUGUCUUCCUCUAUAAAACAAUGCUCGUCAUCAUGAGAAGAAUAGAAGGCAAACAACAGGGGGCGCACUCUCUACUAGCGGGCUUCAUAGGAGGUUAUAUCAUUUUUGGAGAGAAUAACAAAGUUAAUAGCCAGAUAAACAUGUAUCUUCUAUCCCGGAUCUUAUUCGGGGCUGCCCGGAUGGCUCGCGACAAGGGCUUAAUCCCGGACCCAAAAUUUGACGUCUUCCCCAUCUUUGCUGCCAUCGUGUGGGCGAUCGUCAUGUGGCAGUUUGAAACCCACCAGCCCGUACUGCAGCAAUCGCUUCAGAACUCCAUGACGUAUCUCUAUCAUGAUUCCAAUGUUUGGCACAGUAUAUCUGACUUCCUGUGGAGAAAUAAACCUGGACAGAUAUGAUAAGAUGGGGCCCGGUUUCACAAAUCUUGGUAAUAAAUUGGUAAUAAACCCAUUGGCCCGAAUUCACAAAGGUGCUUUUGAAAACCCACGGUUGAGUCUAUGGUUUAUGUAGAUUUCCUGUAUAAAUUACGCUUAAUUUACCGCGUAGUAAAAAAAAUGUCCAACGCUGAUGCGCCAAGAUGUCGCCUGUUACCAUGGUUAGAUACGCUAUUUUAUUCAUGAGUCCACUGUUUGAAGAGAGUGGACUCAUUAUUCAA